AUGUUGGAAUCAAAAUUAAGUCGAUUGACUCGGAUUCAGACUGAUUUUGAGUCAUCUCAAACACGGCUGGAAAUUGAAGACGAAUCAGCAGAGCAUAGUAAGGACAGGGCAGAAUUCGAGGAUUCGUGGGACUUUGUUGAAUCCACUAUCAAGGGUCCAAUGAAGAGGUACACCCAGCUUCCGCAGCCUUUGGGCUCGAAUCCAUCAGGCAAUGUCAGUUCUUUGAAACUACCCACUAUUAACUUGCCAAAUUUUGAAGGUGACUACCUUAAGUGGUCAUCAUACAGGGAUACAUUUUUGAGUCUCAUUAUGAAUAACAAUUCAAUUGAUGACGUUCAAAAACUUCACUACCUUAAUUCGUCUUUGCGAGGUGAAGCUAAAGACCUUUUGAAACAUAUACCUGUCACAGCAGGAAAUCUAGCGAUAGCCUGGGGACUUGUUACGCAGAAGUAUAAUAACCCAAAAAUAAUUGCAGCCAGACAUGCUAAGGCUUUGUUGGCCUUGCCUACAGUUGGCCAUGGCGCAGCAAGCGAUUAUAGGCAACUAAUUAAUCAUGUAUGCAGCCAUUUGAAGGCCUUAGAACCUCUCAAACCUGAUGUUCCACUUCAUGAAGUUAUUCUUUCGGAAGAGAUUCUGUCUAAUAUGUGA